AUGUCUGUGCUCGUGAUCGGAGCCGGGGGAGCCGUUGGCAAGCGUCUGGUGAGGGCUCUGGCGUCCAGGGGCGAACGCGUCGUGGCGGUGGACAGGGCUCCGGCCCUGCCAGAUGUGCUGAAGGGCCUGGUGACGCACGCGGAGACGAGUGCGGACGUGCGGGAUUUCUACACGAUGCAGCGCAUUUUCAAGCGCCAUCGCCUGGUGCACACCGUGUGGAACCUGGCCGCGCCGCUGUCCGUGGAGACUGCCACCAACCCCAGGGUCGCCGAGCAGGUCACCGUCAACGGGAUGCGCAACGUCCUGUGGGCCAUGUACGAGAACAGGGUUCGGCGGAUCAUGUUCACGGACUCCAUCGGCUCCUUCGGCGCCGCGGCCCCCCGCGAGCAGUGCACCGCGCGCUGGCUCACCGAGAACGCCGCCCAGGACCCGGGCUCGGACUACGGUCGCCAGAAGCGCGGGGUGCGGCGGCUGCUGCACGAGUUCUGGCGCAACGGCGGGGACCCGCGGUGGGCGGUGCUCCCCGGGGUGCUCCACAGCGAGGCCACGUGGGGCAUGGGCACCACGGAGUACGCCCUCGGGGCGCUGCUCGCGGCCGUGAAGGGGGAGCCCUUUGUCUGCCCGGUCGAGCCGGACGAGCGGCUGCCGAUGAUAUACGUGGACGACCUGAUGCGGGGGCUGCUGGCGCUGCAGGACGCGGAGGAGUCGCGCCUCCGGGAGCCCGAGCGGGGGUACGCGAUCCCGGGCUUCUCGUUCACCGCGAGGGAGCUGUUCCAGGAGAUCCGCCUGCACCAGCCGGGUUUCCGGUUCACGGUCGAGCUGGACGAGAACAUGGCCGCCUUCGCGCGCCUGUGGCCCAAUACUCCGAGAGGGAGCCCAAGACCGACCUCGGUUACGAGGCCCGCGUGGGACUGA